ACUGAUUCUGGGAGAGAAGAAGUGGCAACUGGCAAGCAAUAUAUGCAUAUAAAUAAAGGCCGAAAAGCAAAGAAGGAAAGAGAAAAGAAUAGGUUUUUGGCUUUGUUGUAUGUGGUAGUGGUAAUCGUAAUCCAAAAGGAAGGAGGCGCAGCGCAGCGAGAGCAUCAGAGCAAAAAUCCUAGCUUGUUUUGAGCUAAGAGGACAACCAAAGGAUGGGCAGCGAAACCGAAGGUAGUAAUGCCAAUGGAUCCCAGAUACCUCCCGGGAUGAAGAAGAUGGUGCACACUUUGAGAGAAAUUGUUAACAAUAACUGUUCGGAUUAUGAGAUCUACUCUGUCCUUUGUGACUGUGAUAUGGACCCUAACGACGCCGUUCAGAGACUCCUUUCUCAAGAUGUUUUUCAUGAAGUGAAGAGCAAACGUGAAAGAAGAAAAGAGAUGAAAGAGACGCAAGAAUCAAAGGCCCGGGGUAGUAAUAAUGGUCAUCGCGGAGUUAAAGUUGGUGCUGAAUAUACUGUUGGACAUGCAUCAUCUCAAAUCAGCUAUAAUGACCUUGAUAAAGCUUCAUACAUGAGAGAGAAUCCGUACAUUGCUUCUUCAAUAACUUCUUCGUCACCUUUGACUUAUCGUGUGAGAACUAUGAAUGAGCAUCCUUCAUUUCAUAGUUAUGAUAAUGGACGGAAUUCAAGGAAAACUGUUGGAACUGGUGGUGCCAUCUCUUCAUCUGAACAAAGUUCCAGAGGUUCUCAAGCUGCUUUGGUUAGGGGUCCUUCUGGGCAUGUUUCUAUGGCUGACAUUAUCAAGAUGGGCUGGUCAGAUGUGCCGGGUUCAUAUUCGGCAGCUGAGACAUCUUAUGCAUUUCAAGAUACAGAUGCACGAGGCUCAUUGCAUUGUUGUCUUAAAGCUUUACAUAAUUCUUCACCCUCUCCAGCUCCUUUAGAAAUUCACCAAGAUCUGCAAUGUCCACAUCCUGCUAACGUGUCAAAAACUCUUCAUCAAUCUGGCACCAUUUUGAACCAGCAUGAUUUUGAUGAUGAAUUGCCUGUGAUUGAGCAGCAGGCAUCUGUGAGUAGGUCGUCUAUCUUAAAUAGUUCAACUACCUCUAGCAUUGGGAUGCUUCCUAAUCAAUCUCACUUGCUUGAUGAUGGGAUCAAAUUGUCUAAAAACUGCCAACCAGAGGUCCAAGUAUCAGACAGGAAUGUUUCUUGCAAAAUUCCUGCUGUGAAUUGUGUCAAAUUUGAUUCUCCAUCUAGUGGACAGGAAAAAAUAAAUAGUGUUGGAGGCGCAUCUCUCUGCAAUGAUGGUUCCUUGAGGCAACUGGGAAGAGAAAGCUGCUCUCAUUUAUAUUUUGCAAAUGGCUCUGCACAUUUGAAUGACGAAGUGUCAUCAACUGCUGCAAGCUUGCAGCAGCUGAGUCUGGAGAAAGAGGCAAAAUUAGUGCUGACAUCAGAGGAUGACUGUGCAGUGGUGUUUCCAAAUGAUAUGCGAACCUUAGGUGCUGACUGCUCACAUUUGAGCUUUGGUACAUAUAACACUGGUGUGCAUGCCGCAAGUUCUGGGCCAUUGGCAUCUAACCCCUCAAAAAGUAACAUGAAGGAGGCAUCUUCAGUGAUUGAUAGAAAUUCAGGGUACUUUGGUGAGUCCCUAUGCAGUGAGCAGGUUGGAUGCCUUUCUGAUGCACAUCAAUUAAAUGCAAAUGUUAAGAAUCAUAACUUGUCUGUAUCUUCACAGCUGGAGUUAAUGAGACAAAAUAAUCAUAAAGUUAAUAAUGGGCAUGAUUAUACAUCUCCCGAAUCUGUACCCGACUCUUGUUUCAAGAAUAUCCAAGGGCCUAGUUCUCCCUGGUCGGUUGUCAUAAACCCUCAUGCGAGGAAUCUUCCUCCUCUUCAUAGGGAACUGCAAGCAAGUUCAACACCCGUUCCAGUUGAUUUGUUGGCAUCAGCUGUCCAAUCUGUGAGAGAUUCUGAUUGGGCAUAUUCAUCUUUCCCUGGAACACUGUCAUUGACCUCAAAAUUCAUUGAUAUUGUAUCAUCUGCGGUCAGUCCAACUGUUCCCAUGGCAGAGAUUUGUUCUGGUUCCUUUUCUAUACCCAAGUCACACUCAUCAACUCUGCCUGGUGUGGCCUUUGGUGCAGGUCAUGUGCUUCCCCAGCAUCUCAUGGCACACCCUCAGUCUACCCUUUCCUUGGAAGAAUUGAUCAGUUUGUCUGGCUACUCUGCUGUUCCUCAAACUUAUCCGUGCACUCCAACUGCUUUGCAGCGAGCAUAUCAAGAUAGCAGUGCAAAUAUCUCUGUACUCCAUGAUCCCCUGGCAGGCAUGAAGUACCACCUUCAACAGUUAGAAGGUGUUUCACCUAGGAGUAGCUUGCCCCUGUCUAGUGCAAAUAUUUCUGGUUAUGGAGGUUUGGGAAAUCCUACCAACUUGUGUGGGAGGUUUCUGAAUGAUUUAUCGACUACACCUAAUGUAGGUUUGGGGAAUCCUACCAACUUUUCUGUGAACUUUCUCAAUGAUUUGUCGACUACUACUAAUGGUUCUGCAGCUGGCUGUAAUGAUUUCUUACAUGCUCAGUACGAGGAGGGAAAUAAUUUCACUAUGCCUCAAAAGGAUGGACCUGGUUCAAGAACAUUAUCUACCGUUCCAGACAAUGGAUACUACAACUCACGUGGACAAGGCCAGCUGUUCUCUACAUAUCAACAAGGUCAACAGCUCUCACAGAAUUAUGGUGCUCUAGGUUGCACAAAUGUUGAUCAUUAUCGGCAAAGAAUCUCACGAGAUGAACAGCAAAAGCUUGGUGAUUUGGCUUUUAGAAGUUCUCAAGGUCCAUCUACACAGUUGCACCCAUUUAGGCAGCAUAUCUACUAGUGGUUGUAGGUCAUCAUCUAAUCCAUUUCUUCAACUUUGGCUGCACAGCUACUGAUAGUUUUCUUUUUUCUCUUUUCAGUAGUAAGUCAAAAGAGUCAAAUUAUGUCUGUUUACAGUUUAAUUAGAAAUGCCUAAUGAUUUUGGGGUUGUCGAUUGUACAUACCUAAAAAAGAUGAGACUGGCUCUGGCCCAUGCCUCAAUAUUGUAUUUUACCUGAUUUCAUAUUGGGGCAUGAUUUAGAUGGGUGGCUUGUUAAUGUGAAUUUCCUUCGUUCAAAAAAUCAUUUUGAUUUAAAUAAAAAAAAAAAAAUAGAGCAGCGUCUACUUUACACAA